UCUCUGUCUCUGUGGCAGUGUGAAAGAAUGCUGUCCCUGUGUCUCGCCGUUGUGGCUAUGGUCCUGCAGGAGGGGAGUGCAGUGGUGUACAAUUGUUCCUCUACAUAUGAAAGGAUUCCAGAUAAUAAUGACUUGACUGUGGACUGCGGGACCAGCCUGAUAAGUCUAGAGGUGAACUUGUGCACAGCGCAGUGGGCGGGCUUUGAUCCCGCUGACCUAUCCUUGAACGGCCAGCACAAUGAAAGUCAGUGCCAGGGCACGGUGGACACCAGCGGAGACCUGCCCGUCAUCCGCUACCAGCUGCCUGUCAAUCACAGCCAAGAAAACCCCUGCCGGCAGUCCCUCCAGAUUGUGGAUGAGACUCCUGGUCCUGGGGUCUUCAGCUCCUUCUCCAGCAUCCAGUCUGUCAUCAUCACAGGCUUCAUCGACACACCACGCUCCUCCUCUGGGCUGAUCAGCUACACCACUGACCUGUACUACCACUUCUCCUGCCGCUACCCUCUGGAGUACCUGCUCAACAACACUCAAAUAGUAGCGUCCUCAGUCUCUGUGGCAACCAACGGCAACAAUGGCAGCUUCCUCAGCACCCUCAGCAUGAACGUGUACAACGACACUGAUUAUGGCCAUCCGCUGGUGGUGCCUGAGGUAGGCCUCUCCCUGCGUACAAAGAUCUACGUGGAGGUCAAAGCCACAAACCUGACUGGAAGUUUUCACCUGUUGCUAGACCACUGCUUUGCCACCCCUUCGGCCUUCAACGCCUCCAGCACUGAAAAGCAUGACUUCUUCAUUGGGUGUAAUGUGGACCAGAGGACGACGGUGGCACAGAAUGGGGUCGGCACAAAUGCCAGGUUCCUGUUUGAAGCGUUCCGCUUUGUGGAGCAUCGUGAACUGAACAAGUCCAGCCUCUACCUGCACUGCAUCGUCCGGCUCUGUGAGCCCAGCAAAUGCCAGGAGCUGGUGAACGCCUGCAGCAAUAGGAGGAGGAGGAGGGACGUGGAUCCAUUUGGGUCCGAGGCCAGCGAUUCCACCUUGAUCUCGGUGGGCCCCAUCUACACCAGAGACUUGGACGCUGUUGACCAGCUCUCCUCUGCUCCAGAAGGUGGUGCUAAGCAGCUAACAGAAGACCAGUCCAGCGACACUGCGCUGGCAGUAGGGCUGACCCUGGCCUCGGCAGGCACGGCUGUGGUGGGUGCAGGAGGGUGGUUGGUGUUCAAGAAGCUCCAUUGGGGGGGCACUCUCCUGCGUUCCUUCAACUGAGUCCUCCCCACACAAAACAAAUUGGGAGGCUUUGGAUAACUAUUGGUGAAAAAAUUCUAAAUACCCUUUGAAGACUUGUAUUCACUACACCUGUGCCUAUCAUAAUGUAAUUGGUAGUUUCUUUUACAAGCUGUCACUUGUAUACAAAAUGGUCACUUCACAUAUUGUUACCUCCUUUGCAUGUCUGGUGCAAAAACUGAUAAUAAUUUGUGACAAAGUUGGAUACAGCUUGGGGUACCUUCCUUAGCUAACAUUGUUUUAGCAUGUUUUGGCUGUUGACUAUGCUCUAUUUAUCCAUAUGUAUGUAUGAAUAUGUAAUGGAAUGGGGGGCAGGUUGGGGGUCGAUUUCCUAUUGAUUUCCACUUAUGAGACAGGCUACACCCAGAUAGCCUUAAAGAUAUGCAAUAUUGGAUGACUCCGAAUCUCCUGAUGCUUCCCUAUAACAAGCCUGAGAUCAUUUUAUUUGGUCCCAGACAAGAACAAUGUUCAAUAAUACUCUACACCCAGGUUAAAAAAGUUUCCAGUUUCUCAUUUUUAUUAAAGGCUUAUACCCCCCUUUUUUCACUUCUUGGUUUGAGUACAGAAACUUUCUCAGUGGCAGUGCACUUUUUUAGAUUCUAGAUUUUGCAAGAUUCUGUAUGUAGAGAGCCCUGCAACCUGUUUGUAAACAAACAUUGAGAACCACCAAAACAUUACCCUUGUUCUUGUAAUAUGGACUGGCUGGCAAUCUAAUUUUGAAUUUAUUCUAGCCUGCUCAGACAGUCAUCUUUUUAAAAAAUGCCAUUGAAUCUCCACAUAUAUUUUUUAUUAAACACAAUUUCCUUCUUUUGUUGCUGUGUUUCUUUGCAUUUUUAUUUGCUUUUAUUUCUAAGUUAUUGUUAUUAUGGGUUUACUAUUUACUGACAUAUAUCCUCCAGUGCUAUAAUAUUGAGCACUUUGAGUUUGAUGAUAUAAUGCCAUGUAAUAAGGAUUAGCUGUUCCAGUUGAAAUAGAGUUGUGUUGUGUCAAAGUAUAAACCUGAGGUUUAAACUCCAGCUAAGCACAUUGCAAUUGAUGUACUGUAUGAAUAAAAUAUUUUAUUGUGAUUAUUAUUAUUACAAUAUUGUGGUCUCAAUAAAAUGGCAACCAGUUUCUGGCAUGCAACUUUGAUUUGUGAACAGCAAUUGUAGCAAAAUGUAUCAAUUUCAGUUUACUCAGCAUAAAGCAUCUGAUUAAUGGUGGAAGUGUGGUAAAAUAGUGGUGUUUUGAAGGGAUGGGCAACAUACACUGCCUGUAAAGUAUAUUACCAAUAAAUGUGGAUUAUUUGAACGUGAUGUUCAUUUUUAAACAAUGUACUUUCCUCAAAAAUGUCUUGAAUGUAGAUGUUAAGGUUCUGACGGUGAAGUUCAAGUUCAAGCUGAGACAAUUAUAACUCACCCUCAAGUUCCAAUCAGCAUGUAAUUUGAAUGUACCGUUGUCUAUUAUCUGUUUACAGUGUAUACUUACACCUUUUAUGAUUGCAUUGGGUAUCUUGGCUGUUUUCGUAACUAAGAUUUAUUGCAAACAGUAAAAGUAGCAUUAAAAGUCUAAUCCCAACAGCGGUAUUUUAUUUUUCAGGAACACUCACUCUGAAUGUUCUAAUUGAAAUAAUCAGUCCAACACAGAACAAAAAGCUGUUGGGUGACUCAUCUAGUUAAGAAUAUGCCCCAUGGUCAGGCACCAUGGGUGCCAGUGAGGGCAAAAGACCAGUGCAGUGCUUAAUCGGCAGUAGCAGCCCCAGCUAAUGGCUGCAUUAGUUUUAUUGACUUGUUGUAAUCUUGAAUAGUCUUCUGAGUGUGGUUAACACACAACCUAGUGUAAGUUCAAUGUUUUAUAGUAUAUUUUAUGGGUAUGCAAGAAAAAACAAGCAGAGACAGGAUGGAUCUCAAACAGUGCUCAGACAGCAUCAGUUUAAUGCACAAGGAGUGAAGCGCAUCUGAUGGACAAGCAAAACCUCCUCAUGGUUCUGGUGUUGUUCGCACAAAUGCACUUUUCUGGCAAGCAAGGGGUGAGCAAGCGUGCAUUCACGCACGGAAAUGUGCCAUUGGGAAUGUCAUGGAAAUUCUCCAGGACUGUGAAAACAAAAAAAAAAAACACCCC